AUUGUUCGCAGUGAGUUUGACAACUGCGUUACAAUGUCUGGAGUAUGGCUAUAAUCUAAGUUGGCUUCUAAGUUUCUGGGCUUUUAAUGGGCGCAAGGUAUUCUAAAAAGCGUCACAAGCCUCGUAUAAGCAAAUCCCAGAUUCCUUGGCUUCUACGUGGAGCUAUAAGAAGCAAUAAUGUUGGUACUCUUCAAUAUCUCUUCAGCUAUCCUAAUGGUGUAGAUCCAAGUAUGGUCAUCGAUGGAGUUUGUCCACUCAAUUUGGCGGUCGAAUUAGGUUAUUUACAAAUGGUCAAAAUACUCAUUAAAGCAGGUGCAGAUAUUUAUGUUGCCGAUGCUCCUCGAUACCCACUUCAUCAAGCAAGUUUGUAUGGCCGUGCAGAUAUUGCUGAACUGCUCAUACGAUCCGGUGCAUCUGUAUCAGCGCUUACGGAACGGAGACAGUCUUGUUUACAUUUGCUGGCACAUCAAACUGCUCAACGUUAUGUUGAUACUGCGAAAAUUCUAUUGAAAUAUCAUGUGAAUCCAAAUACAUUGGAUGAUGAUGGUCUUGCACCGUUACAUCGAGCAUCAGUUGAAAUCGUUGAAGUUUUAGUUGCACACGAAACAACUGAUGUCAAUAUAUGUAGUCGUGAUUUGGAUACACCUUUAUUAACCGCCGUCAAAGAUCGUAGAGAAUUAAUUUUAAUUGCUCUUAUACGAGCAGAUCAACAAUUUCGUGAACAACAUCGAAAAAACAACACUACUACUAGUACAAUGGCAACAACGACAACUGCAACUACAUUAGAAACUCAAUCAAAUGAUGGACAAUGUCGGGUUAUAACGUCAGCUCUUCGAACACCAUCUUCAAAAUCAUCAAAUUCUGCAUCAUCUCGAUUUACAUUGGCUUCAGCGACAAGUACAAUUUUUCGUGGUAUCAUUCCAAAUGAUUGUAUUGUACCACCACGUGCUUCAUCUGCAGCUUCAGUGAAUCUACACUCAAUAUUGAAUACAAAUCAUUCAAAACCAUUGAAUAUAGAUCGUCAUAUUUUAUCAUCACAAUUAUUACGAAUGAAACCAAUGAAAGUUUUAGAUGAUCAUGAUACGGAAUUAGAAUGUGAUACAAAUAGAAUAAAUAUACGUUCAUGUAUUCUAAGAUUAAGUGGAAAAAAUCACAUCUAUUUAAAUUCUGAAUCAAAUGGUUUUACGGAUGGUGGGGAUUCACAAUGUAUUGUUAAAUCAACUUAUAGUGGUAGUUCUAAUUUAACACAUACUAUUGUACGUAAACCAGAAAAUUGUCAACGAUGUCAUAGUGUAGGCAAUCCAAGUGAUGUGGCUCGUUGGUGGCAAAGUUGUGAUCGAGUUCAACGUAUACUUUGUAAAACUACACUCAUCAAUACUAGUAAUAAUAAUAAUAAUAGUAAUAAUGUUAAUAAUCCAACAUCGCAAACAACACAACUCCCACUCAAUCUUAAAAAUGGUCAGCAGUCGAAUACUGGUACAAUACGACCACGUUUAGAUAUAGAUCGACCAGAUAAGAUUGGUAUGACACCUUUAAUGAUUGCAGCAGAAGCUGGUUCAAGUGGUUUGAAUAUGGCGAUAGCUUUAGUGAAUGCUGGUUCAAAUCUCUCGCUCACUGAUAAAGUCGGUAUGACCGCUUUACAUCAUGCAUGCUAUGUUGGCUCAUUAAAUAUGGUACGUUAUCUUAUGGAACGUGUUCAUCCAAUAAUAUCUUGUAAUAAUGUGACGACGACAACCACAACAACUAUUUGUACUACUACGGCGACGACGAUGGCCACUACGUCUGCAUCAAUUUCAAAAACGAACAAUCUAUUGAAUGGUUCCAAUGCUCGUUUGUCAUGUCUUCUUUCUACAUCAAUUAUAUCAUCAUUAAAUACACCGGGAUCAAUAUGUCCUACUAACAAUAGUAAUAAUAACAUAAAUGUCCAGUCGUCAAUGGUUGGAUCUGCACCACUAACUACAAGUCGUCUUUCAAAUCCUGAAUUAAUAAAUACUCAAGAUAAAUAUGGUCGAACUUUAAUUUAUCUCGCUGCAUGUCGUGGACAUAGUGAAGUUGUCAAUUAUUUAUUAUGUCAUUCAGCUGAUAUACAUAUUACUAACAAAGAAAAUAAAUCCCCUUUAUAUAUUAGUGCUUAUUUUGGUUAUUUGGAAAUUACCAAUGCCUUAUUACGUCAUGGUGCACAGGUUGAUCAAAUGGAUUCACAUCGAAAAACUCCACUGUAUGUAGCUACUUAUCAUGGACGAUCAGAAAUUGUCGAUCUUCUACUAACAGCCGGUGCUAAUGUUAAUGCAGCUGAUAAAAAUGGUAAAACUCCACUAUAUGUUGCUGUAUUACAUGGACAUUUAGCAUUAGCACGUAAAUUAUUAGACGCUGGUGCAUCAGUUAAUCGUGUAGAUCGUGAAGGUCUUGGUCCUUUACAUAUGGCAGUUAAAUUUCCUAAAUUAGAUAUACCUAUGGUAAAACUAUUAUUAAAUUAUGGAUGUGAUCCAGUAAAUUUAGCAAGUUUUACACGUUGGUUAUUAGUACAUGGAAUAAUUCCUGAAGAAUGUAUUCAUGGUGAUGAUGAAUUAGCUCAAUGGUUACGUUGGGAAGAAUGUAAUGUACAUUCAUUAAAACAUAUUUGUCGUGUAGUUAUACAACGUGCACUUGGUUAUGCUGAUUCAUUAAGAAUUAAAGCAAAUCGUUUACCUUUACCAGAGCAUUUAAUCUCUUAUGUAUCAAUGAAACAAUUAUAAUGAUUAAUAUCUUACAUUGUUUGUUUGUUUGUUUUUUUUCACCUCACUUCCUUAAUCAUCACCAAUUAUUCGUAUUCACUUCAGUUUUCUCCUUUCACCUUCCUCCCUACCUCCCUUCCCUUCCCUCCCCCCGCCUAUCUCUCUUUCGGUUCUUCUAGAUUUUUCUCAGCAUUGCAUUUAUUCAUGGAAAAUUUAUUUUGAUGACUUUGUUUUUACAGAAUAUCUUAACAACUGAUCUAGAUAAUAAUAAUAAUACUAGGUUAUUUAACAAUAAUAAUAAUUAUUAUUAUUAUUACUAUUAACAAAUCUAUAUGGGUAUUUUUGUGUGAAGGGGAGGCGGAAGGGGGGAAAUGCUUGUCUGUGAUCAUAUGAAACUUUUUUUUCUAAAAAAAAACAAACAUUUUCAUGUUUUCUCGACAACAACAACAACAACAAAAAUAAGAAUUAAUUGCACUUCACUUCAAUGUGUAUUAAUACAAUUGGAAAGGAUUGCGAAUAACGACAGAGAUGGAUGGUGAAUGCUGAUCAAUCAAUCAAUCAAUCAAUCAGUUGGUUAGUCAGAUACAACGUAGGACCAGACAUAUAUAUAUGCAUCGGUCCAAGUUGUCAUAUCUGAUGGGUGACCUAUAUUCUUUCAUGAAGGGUAAAUAAUGAUAGAGUAAGUAUUUGAUUAACUGUUAUUUCACUCUAUCAUGAUACAUCUAUAUCUAUAUCUAUUCAACUGUUUGUAUAAUGGGUAUGGUACCAAUUUACAUUUCUAUGCUUGUUUGUUUUUCUUGUUAAAUCCAAUGUAUUUCUUUUUGUAAUGCUUAUUUACUUGUGUUUAGUAUUUCAUUUGAAUAUUUUGACUUUAUUUUGUGUAGUUGUAUGUGUGUGUGCGUGUUUGUUUGUUUGUGUAUAUGUUGAUGAUCAUUUGCCUUGUUAGUGUUUUAUCACUUUGUUUUCAGUUCUUUUGUUGUUCUCUUUUCUUUUUUGUUCCUUGUUUAGUUCUCAUUUUUAUGAUACCUUUCAACAAUUUAGAGAUCAAAUUUCUUUUUUUUGAAUUUUUAUUGUCAAGUGUUAUUGUUGCUAGUGAGAAUUGUGUGUGUGUGUAUGUCAGCUCAGUUGAUAUAAACGGUGAUUAAUGAGUAAUAAUAAUAAUAAUAAUAAU